CACGCUUGCAUGAGCCCAAAUUGAAAAACGCUUGAAACUUGGUCCUUCCGCCCGGCCUAAUCAUCAUGCACCCCCAAUUGUCAGGGGACAAACGAAUUGUCUGCAAGGAAUUCAUCCAGGCACUCGAAGCAUGUCAUGCUGAUUCAUGGGCUAAAUGGACUGGUGGGUGUAAUCAAGCGAAGCGUGAUCUGAACAAUUGCCUCAGACAAGACCGUCUUGAUCAAUCUGCAAAAAAUCGCGAGAAUGCUAAGCUACGACGGGGGAAGACUGAGAAGGCCUGGCAAGAUCUUCAUGACGAGUAACCGAGCCCUCUCCAUUCCUG